GAUAUUGGAUAUCGGAGAGACCGCUUACUUUAAUUGCUUAACAAAUACCUGUGGUCUGUAUCUUCGUUUUUUGCGAUAUCGUCCAUCAUUGAAGUGGAGGCACCAUCGAACUGCAAGUGUCAUAUCGCUGAUGGCUUCAUUGUACUGAGAAGAAUAAUGCAUAUUUUGCGUACUUUGGACACAUACAUGGCUAAUUAAAAUUAAGUCUUUAAAUAAUAGAGGGCUGUAAACAUUCGAUGCAAAUUUGUUAACAAGUGAUUUUAAUAAUUGAAGAUUUCAAUCAUAAAAUGGCAGCUUCUGAAGCAUGUAAAAAGUCUCUUGUUACUCUGGAGUCAUAUCUUCGAGAUGAACAUACUAGUUCAGAAACUGUAAAAUUCUCUGCUAACAGCAUACUGUCAGUCGAUGGAAGAAAACCAAGUCCUCUGGAGGAGGUCGAGAUUUUGGAUACCAUAGCUAUGUAUAUAAUGCUAAAAAACGAAGAGGAUGUGAAAUAUCGCUUGUUCUUCGAAGUCUUUCCUAUUGAUAGAGAUAUUAGCACUGACAAUUUGUACUUCCUAGUAAAAUUAUCGUCGUUAGCUAUUUGUCUUGGACUAUCUCCAGUGCUCGAAAUUAUUUCUUUGUGGCUAAAGAUCCGAGUUUGUCAACUUUGUGCCUCCUCAGGACCACAGUCAGCUAAUUAUUCAUUUUGCACUUCAUAUGAAAUUAUCGAGGAGUUCGUUACAGCACUUACAUCUGAUAUGCUCAGUAUACAAGAGUUGCCAUCGUCUUCAAAUCCACAAUUCUCGAAAAACGAUAUGAUUCAGAGUGGUGAUUUAAGCAAAGAUAACCCAUUGUACACUAUCCCAUCAGUGUCGCCUACAUUCGCAGAUGCCUUUUUGUCCGGAAUUACUCUCGUUUAUGGCUUCCAUCCUUCCCUUAGAUCAUCCAUUUGCAAUUUUCCUGUAACUCACGAAGCGACCAAAAUCCCCCCUCCACAGAUUAUUUUGUGUAUCACCCACUGGUUAAAACUUUCAAGGACUUCGAAACAGCAUCAACCUGUGACUAAUCCACCCAGCAGCUGGACCAGUAUUGAUUGGCUAAGUUCAACUAGACGUUACAAGUUUCUCAACCAGACCCGCUUCUCUGUUGAUCAGAUUUUGAUGUCUCAACCACCUCCUCCACUAUGCCUACUGUGGUGGACUAUUUUUGAACCUCUGAGACAUGUAGUGCGCAACCAACAUGCAACAAGAACGAGAAAAUUGACACUUUACUUGACGGUUGGCGCAAUAAUAUCUAGUCCCGAGAGAAAAGGAGGAAAGCAAGACUAGUGGUCACCAGUUCAAGAUGGUUAUAGUUCAGAUGCUGAUUUAUAUACUUACCGAACCGAACCGCACAGCGAACCAAUAGCUUAACAGUGUUAACAAGGAGCGACAUUAAUGAUGAGACAAAGUACUAGGCACACAAUCGGUUCUAGUUUACGAUGAAAUGCUAUAGCAUUGAUUUAUGGUUCAGAUAAAAGCUUGGGACUAGGAUAAUAAAAAAAUAAUACAGCCUAAAUACCUAAUAAAUUUGCAGCAUAAUAAAAAUCCUAGAAAAACAGCUUCCAAAUCUUCUACCUCAAUCAAAUCGUCUUACAACAGCCAUAGAUUCCAAUAAUUCUUUCCCGCCUAAUAAUGCAUUGGAUGUGCUCGUUAAGUUUUCUUUUAUGUUAAUUUAGUUUGCUAGAUUACUGUCGAUAUUUAAUUUCAUUACAUACUCAUUAGUGUCUGUCGGAACCUGCCAGUCUUGCAUCUCAUCGUCAUAGUAGUGGAGUUUCCGGAGUAUAUGGAUUUUCAACUUGGCUUCUUACAUGUUCGCGAAAAAUGGAAUAUACAAAAGAAUUUUACUAUUUGGAAUCAAUGAUUACUCAAGUUCGUGAACAGUGCGACUUGAUUAAAUCUCUAUCGAAACACGAAUCUUCAGGGGAUAAACAAAUCGAUCUUUUAGAACUAAUGAUCAUUCGAUUAGCAGAAUUUAUGCAAAUUUGUUGGGUUAGUGGACGCAUACGCAAUCUAAGUUCUGAUGAAUUUUACAGACUACUUACUCCUUUAGAAUGUCAUAGUUGGAUUGAUCUUAUUCUGACACGAUUUAAAAGAUAAUUAUCGCUCCUUAUUUACCAUGUACAGCGCGUUUUCUAAUAAAAC